UCAGAAAGUUAGAUGCCGCGCGUUCCCAGAAAACAACACAGCUACUUAGAAAAAGUUUGUUGUUCUCAUGCUCUGCCAAACCUCCAAGGAUCAUGCGUCUAAAAAAACACAGCAAGUAACGAAUGGUGACCAUACCGAAAGCGAUAAAAAGGAUACAUAUUUAGUUGAAAAGAAAACAAAUAUUGCAAGGUAUGGUAACCAACAGCAAAUUUAAACACAACGAGUAGGAAGUUCGUAGUAUCUUACGUCAGACGGUUGACAAGGUAUAUAAAUGUUCAUACAGGCUGUAACAAAAUUCAGAAAGUGCAGAAAUGACCCGCGCAAAGUACAUCGUGCUACUUAUCGCAGUUUCUGCUAUUGCAGUACCAUCAGAUGGUGCUGAUGAUAGUAAUGAAGGUAGCAUUGAAGAGUUUGUUUGCAAGGAGAAUGAGAUCUUCACCGACUGUUCAACUCCAUGCCCCCCAACAUGCAAAGAUAGAGUAACAACAUGUGAUUAUGUGUGCAAAACCGGAUGUGUCUGUAAGCCAGACUACAUACGAGAGGAGAUUGGGGGUAAAUGCAUUCCUAUACGGGAUUGCAAGAACGAAUGCUCUAGAAACCAAAUCUGGCAAGAAUGCAGUGAUACUCUAUGCAAAAAGACUUGUAGUAACAUAGAUAGUGUGAUUACGUGCCCCACACCUUGCAAUCCAGGAUGUUCCUGCAAGGAGGAGUACGUUUGGGAUGAUGAAUUAACAAAUUGCGUUUCUAAGUGGGAGUGUCCCGCUAUAAUUAUACCAUCCAGUAUCUCCCUAGUGCCGACUACUCCUGCCCCACAGCCGCCAAUCACUACCACCCCAUCACCAAUCACUACCACCCCACCACCAAUCACUACCACCCCAUCACCAAUCACUACCACCCCAUCACCAAUCACUACCACCCCAUCACCAAUCACUACCACCCCAUCACCAAUCACUACCACUCCAGUAGCGACCACUACUACCCCAGUGGCGAUUACAACCACUCCAGCGGCGAUUACCACCACUCCAGCGGCAAUCACUUUCAGCUACGAUCUGACCACUACCACACCAGUGCCGACUACUACCACCCUAGAGCCGAAUAUUAUCACACAAGUGCCAAAAGUGUGCGGGAACAACCAAGUCUGGGAACAGUGCAGUGACAAAUUCUGCAGAAGAACAUGCGAAAAUAUCAACGGUCCAGUCGCUUGUCUUGAUAUUUGCCUUGAGGGUUGUUCGUGUAUGCACGGCUUUAUUUGGAACCAGGACGAGACCGAAUGCAUUCCAGUUGAAGAUUGCGCCAGUGAAUGCGGGCUUAAUCAACACUGGUCCCAAUGUAGCGACAUUCAAUGCAGACGAACAUGUGCUAACUUCGGACAAGACGUUCCGUGUCCACAAAUGUGUAUGUCUGGGUGUACUUGCGAUUCGGGUUACGUAUGGAACAGCAACGAAACGGAAUGUAUUCAAGCUUGCGAUUGUGGAAAAGACGUUUGCCUUGAAAACGAAGAAUGGGGUGGAUGUGCAAAUCCCGAAUGCAAGAGGACUUGCCAAAACACAAACGAAAAAGCGUGCUCGGAUUGUUUCCCUGGAUGUGUGUGUCGUGAGGGAUAUAUUUGGGAUGAAAUUGCACAGAAAUGCGUCCCUGAAGAUCACUGCUCAGGGUGUGGUAUAAACGCAAAUAUGUCUUCCUGUACGAGCGGGUGCGAACCAACGUGCCAAGGGCCGAGCCCUUUCCCUUGUCCAGCUGUGUGCAUCCCUGGAUGCGCUUGUUUGCCAGGGUAUCUAAUGGAUCACCAUCAAGGGCAUUGCGUUCUACCAUCGGAGUGCUCUUCAGUGUGUCCGCGGAGGAAGACAUGGUGUAGAGAUCUACCAACAAACAGAGUCACCUGCCAAAAUAUUUUAUACCCCCAGUGUAACUAUCAAAGUAAUGAAAAUCAAACUUCAUAUCCUGGUUGUGUUUGCAAGGAGGGAUUAAUAUUAAACGAACUUACGAACGAAUGCAUUACACCGAGACAUUGCAUGAGGUUAUUGAGAUAAACCUGUAGAAUUGCCAAGAAGUCCAGAAUAUUUAGCAAAAUAUUAAUUAUAGUGUACUGUUUGUUGUAUUUUGAAAUAUCGAUUCCUAAGCAAAUAAAAUUUCUGCCACUUUA